AAAUCGAAGCCAUCGUUCGUCGUCUUCAAUCAUCGUUGACCUUUCUCUCGAAAUGCGACGAGAGCUUCUUCGCGCCUAUUUCUCACGAAGAACACUCGUCUCUCUCUACAACCUCUUCUUCACCAUCUCCCGUACGCUCCUCACUUCGUUCCCUCUCUCCGUCAUCAUGCCCAAAUCCAACGACGGCGGCGCAGAAUCCGAGUCCGAGUCCCUCCCGCUGCUCGAUCUAUCGAAACCGUCGUCACCGAUCUCCUUCCCGAUCAAAUCUCUCCAAGAUUUAAAAUCACGAGCUUACUUCGACUCAUUUCACUUCCAGUUCAACCGCUCCACAGUCCCUCUCCGGCGAAACUUACCUGAUCAUCGUCCAAGGGUUUUAGUGUGCCACGAUAUGAAAGGAGGGUAUGUUGAUGAUAAGUGGGUACAAGGGUGUGAAAACGACGCCGGAUACGCGAUUUGGCAUUGGUAUUUGAUGGAUGUGUUUGUUUACUUCUCUCAUUCGCUGGUGACGAUUCCUCCUCCUUGCUGGACCAAUACAGCUCAUAGGCAUGGCGUUAAGGUGUUGGGGACUUUCAUCACGGAAUGGGAUGAAGGUAAAGCUACCUGCAGUGAGAUGCUUGCCUCUAAGGAGUCUGCUCAGAUGUAUGCUGAGCGUUUGGCUGAGCUUUCUAGUUCUCUAGGUUUUGAUGGAUGGCUGAUUAAUAUAGAGAACGAAAUAGAUGAAGAACAGAUUCCUAAUUUGAUGGAGUUCGUAAGCCAUCUAACAAAGGUCUUGCAUUUAUCUACGCCUGGGGCUUUGGUUAUAUGGUACGACAGUGUCACCAUUCACGGCGAUCUUAAAUGGCAAGAUCAUUUGAAUGAAAAGAACAAACCUUUCUUUGACUUGUGUGAUGGAAUCUUCAUGAACUAUACAUGGAAGGAGAGCUACCCAAAAUUAUCAGCUGAAGUUGCAGGGGACAGAAAAUAUGAUGUUUACAUGGGAAUUGAUGUCUUUGGUCGCGGCUCCUUUGGCGGUGGGCAAUGGACUGUUGAUACUGCUCUUGAUUUGCUGAAGAGAAACAAUGUAUCAGCGGCCAUUUUCGCUCCCGGAUGGGUAUAUGAGACUGCACAACCUCCUAAUUUUCAUACAGCUCAGAAUAAAUGGUGGUCACUUGUUGAGAAGUCAUGGGGAAUAGUCCAAACAUAUCCACAAAUCUUGCCUUUUUACUCGGAUUUCAAUCAGGGCUUUGGUUACCAUGUUUCACUCGAGGGUCGUCAGUUAUCUGAUGCUCCAUGGUACAACAUAUCUUGCCAAAGUCUCCAGCCACUCCUAGAGUUCAAGGAAGACAACACUGAUAUCAUUCAGGUCACUGUUGAUGCAAGAGAAGCAUCUUAUAACGGAGGAGGAAACAUCGUAUUUAAAGGAAGACUCGAAGGAGAUGUGUAUUUCACAGCAAGGCUCUUUAAACCCCUUCUUCACCUUUCUUCUUCCCCCAUCACAGUCUCCUACUCUGUGAAAUCAGAUGAAACUUCUAAACUUGGACUCCUGCUUCGUUUCUCAUCCCCAUCACACGAAACUAAAUCAAUACUUGUGGCCCCACAAGAACCAAUCCCCAUAUUAGUAGAUCACAUGUUCUUGAAGUGCCUCGUCACAUCAGAGCAGACUGUAUCCGAGUGGACGGUACACGAGACAAGCCUUGUCAUGGAUGAACACACACUGAUUGAAAUCUUUGCCUUUUGCUACGGACCAGAGAACCCGACAAAGACAUCAGAGUACGUUGCAUUGCUCGGUCACAUCUCAAUCAAAGACCAUGUUCAGCUCCCGCAAAACCUCGUUUCCUUACCUCCACCGUCAUCAUGGGUCAUCGAGGCUCAUAACAUAGAGCUUGUACCGUGUAAUUCCGGUUCUAAGAUCCUCAGGGUUAAGCUAGAAUGGAGACAGAAACAGCGUGAAGACUCUGUUCUCCCAGUGUACAAUGUGUAUGCAGAGAGUGUGAAGUCAACUGAUGUACUAAGAUCGAGGAAGGUUUUGGAGAAACCAAGAAGCGAGAGAGUGUUCCUCGGAAUCUCUCACGUACCAGCCUACUACGUUUCGGAACUGGUGCUAGAUUCGGACGUGAAAGGAGUCAGCUUCGUGGUUCAAUCCUGUGGUGAAGAUGGUUCAUGGAUGAAGGUAGAUGAUUCCCCUAACCUUCUUGUGGACUUGGAAGGUCUCUCGUAGGUUGCUUGAAACUAUGUAUGAAACGAUUAAUAAUGUAUAUUACAAAAUUACAUUAAUCUAGAAACUGGGGAAAAACAUAAUAAAAAAAUCUGAACCAAGUCUCUUCCGUAUG